AUGUCCCUCAAAAACCCCACCGCAAUCCUUAUUAUCCACGGAGGCUAUUUUCUCCCCACAGCCUGGGACACAUUCAGUGCCCGGCUCACACAAUCGGGUCUCACAGUCCGCUGUCCACGUCUCCCAAGCUGCGGCGACAAACGACCCCCAACGGCCACACUGAAAGAAGAUGUCACCGCCGCCCGCAAAGCAGCGAAAGACCUCAUCGACACUGGACACAUCGUAAUCGUCCUAGCCCAUGGCUACGGCGGAAUUGUUGCCUCGGAUGCCCUCACACCAGACCUCUACGCCAACGAAACCAGUAACGGCAUCGUCUACCUCAUCCUGCUAAGCGCCUGGCUCGUCCAACGCGGCUCCUCCAUUGAACAAGUGGUAUCGAAGAACGGACUUGAAUUUAAAGGAGAUAUCUUCGUGAAAGAGGACGGAGUAGUGUUUUGCAAGAAUGCUGCUGAGACGUUCUACAAUGAUAUCGACUCCGCAACUGCGGCGGAGCUGGCAAAGGGCAAUGUUACGCAAAAUUGGGCUGCUGCGACAGGGAGCGUGAGCGAGGCGCCAUGGAGGGAUUUGCCGACUACUUAUGUCUAUUGUACUAAGGAUCUGGCUAUUAUGUUGCCUCUUCAGAAGAUGAUGGUUGAAGAUGCUGUAGCCUCUGCUGACGGUGCGGUGGAAUUCGUGACGGAGGAUCUUGAUUCGGGACAUUGUCCGUUUCUGAGUAUGCCGGAUGAGUUGGCUAAUAUUGUGAAGCGGGUGCUUAUUAAAGUGGAUUAG